GGGAGGGCGGAGCUGCCGGCGGCCCGGGCGGGCUGGCAGCUAGAGUGGGUGCGAUAGCCGCCUCCGCCUCUGCCGCCUCCGCCGUCGCCUCCUCCGCCGGAGCCGUUCGCUGCUGCGCGAGGAGAGCGAGGCGGGGCUGCCGGGGCCGCCAUGGAGCCCGACUCGGUGAUUGAGGACAAGACCAUCGAGCUCAUGGUGAGUGCGGCCCGCUGGACCGUCCGUUUUUCCGUCCGUCCGUCCCCGGGACGGGCCUGCCCAUCUCAACGUCCGGCGCGAGGCCGGCCCUGGUCCUUUUCCGCUGCUUGGGCCCCGACUUGGGCUGCCCAGCUUUUCCUGGCAUCGGGCCCUGCGCGGCUCCUCGGAAUCCCUUGAGAUCUUCGGCCGGCCCUGGCCGGCCGCCCUCGAUGCCGCUUAGUUCUCCCCCUCCCCUUGUCCCAUCUCCGGGCCCAUCUGCGGGAAGACCCUCGCUCGCGUUUGCUCUGGCCUUAGCUCGCAUUCGCCCUAGCAUCUCGUUCUCCUUCUCUUGGAAGGGGGAUUCCCCCCCCCCCCCCCAUUUCUCCGGCCCAGGCCCGCACUGUGCUUGAAAGCCCCACUCAGGCCGAGUGAGUGGUGGUGGGAGGGGGUACGGAGGAGACGGGUCCGGGCCGCCUCGUCUCUGCGUCCUGGGAGGGUUCUCAACAUCUCCCCAGUCUGGGGCCGUGUGGAUGCCGGAAUAGGCCUUACGGGGCUGGGGGGUGGGGAGCUGUCGGGUUUGAGGCUGUGUCGGAUAGGCGGCCUCUUUCCCGGGCUCCUGUGGUGUCCGGCUUCUUGGACAAAGGGUUUCCUACCCUGCCGAGAGAGAUGUAUGCAUGGCAAGGCCCCAGGUACUCAGGAUUCCAUUCUCCAGGAAAGGAAAACCGUAACUUUACGUUUUCCGGAGCUGCUUUGUGAUUUGGGAGGAGGGGUCCGUCCUUAUUCCUGCCGCCAGUUCCCCCCCCCAAAAAAAAAAUUAAUUAAAUAAAAAAAAAAAAAAGGGAGAGUCCUUGGCCGCUGGGGAAGUGCUCACUCUUCUAUUAUAAACCAUUUGUAUCCAGGUCAGACUUCCUGGCCCAUGGACACCUCCAACCCCUUUCUGUCUUAGAAGGGGCUUUUAGGAACGGGACCUUGAGAGAGUGGUUAGUAGAAGUGAGGAAUUUGCUUAUUGGUCGAUGACUUGAUGGAAGAAAUAAAACAUGGCAGGUAUUACCUGCUAAUCUGAACAUUAGGGAAAUCAAACUGGGCUUUUGGAGAGUUGGGGGCAGGAAGUCUUUGCUUCAGCAAAUGGACAUGCCCAGGGUUUCUUCCUCUGGAAACCUUGACAGUUUCUUUGUAUCUCUUCUAACACGGUAACAACUAUUGCAGGGUUGGGAGGAAAGGUGAAAGAAUCUACUUAACCCAGCAGAAUAUUUUCCUAGCCAGAUUUUCUCCAGUGUGAAAAUGUUUAUUGAGUCAGUGAUUCCACUGGGUAGGGUCGGUGACAUCAGAGCCACUUCCCCCAUUUAAUGCUAUAAAUAAUAAAUGGUGACACUGAAAGUCUGUUGGGUAGCUGCAUGGUUUCUGUGGAUGAUGGUAUCUGGGGAAUUGAGAUGCACGUUUUAAAAAUGGAAGUACAAUAGCAUAAAUACAGAGGCAGCUUAAUAUUUGCUGUUCUUUGCAUAAUUUACAGAACUGGACUUCCCCAGCAUUCUUGAAACUAGAAAAAAGAUUAACCCUGGUAGUUUCUGAUAUUUGUAUGUGUAGUUGAUUGUUUUCAAAGGAAUACUGUCACUUGUGAGUUUUUAUUUUAUUUUCAUUUGUAGAGUAAUUUUUCCUUUUCAGGAUAAUUUAUCUGACUAUUGUAGUCAAGUCCUUGCUAUUUUGCAGCCUUUGUAGUGGAUUAUUUUGGUUAAUUUGGUAAAAUAUCUUAAAUGGGAUUACAUAUAUGGUAUAUUUUCUUAAGGAUGUACUUACAUAAUGUACAUACUUACAACAGGAGGAAUACAUUAUGUUGAAAAAUUGUAUCAUUGGUACUUCUUUGAAAUUGUCUAUUUUGAGCUUCCAUUUUCAUUUAUUAAAAAAUAACAAAUUUCUUUAUUUUUAAAAGAAUGGAAGAAAUAUGGUAAAAUGCAAUUCGAUGUCUUUGAGUGUGUGGAAAAAAAAUUCAGGCCUAAAUUUUCUGGCUUCCUAUGCUCAUAAUUUAAAAAGUUUUAAUAUUACAUGAUAGUACUUGUUUCUGAUCUGAAAACACAUUUCAGCCUUUCAAGGACAUUAUAAACUGGAAUUCUUUGAAAAUUAAACAAAUAGCUUAGUGGUUAUGAUCAGUUCUAAAAUGUCUUCUGUCAGUUUAGAUCCUUAAACAACCCUUCCCAUGAAGAGAUAAUGUAGAUAACACAAGAUGUUUAACUGCUGAUUAAGUAUAGGAUCUAAUGCAGGAAUGAUAAUGCCUUAAAAACUAAUUGCAUGUGGUUUUCUGUAUUCACUGCAUUUUAAUUACAGUUACCAAAACUAGGUUAAAAAAAAUUUUUUUUUACAUUGGAUUCAAAAUAACAUGAUUGAAGGAGAGGAAGAGGUUAAACUGAUGGUAUUUUGAGAACCUAAAGCAUGAAGUGUUUUAGAUUUUAUGAGUCAUCUUCAAUGCUCAAAUAUUUGUGAUUGUGCUGCUUGUACCAGUUCAGUACUUAAUAGUUAACAAGGUAACUUCUAUUUGAUAUUCAGGAGCAUGCUGUAUUAAAAGAAGCAAACAGACUUUUUGGGUAUCUCCAGCUCUUAAUCUUCAUCCCUCUACUUCCUUUGAUUUUGGUUCCCAUUUUUUCUUGCACUUUUGUUAAGUACUAAGAAAUAAAGCUGGUGAUGGCAGAAUAAUUAAAUCUCCAAAACGUAACUCCUCUUGUGACUACUACUCCUACUUAAGGCCUGGGCCCACAGAGGGUGCUUCUCCAUUUGACCUGCAUAGGGUUGAAACUUUAACAAAGGCUAUUAUCUCUUGAUUGAGAUGACUGAAUAUGCCCAUUGCUGAUGAUGAAUAAUUUAACUACUAAAUGACCUUCAUGACCUACCUAGUUAGUGAGCCUGGUUUUCAUACUUACAGUUUUUGAUAAAAGCAGCCUUAUUAUUAAUGAGGUAGAAAAGUAGUAAUCCAUUUUAGAAAUAUACAAAGUUUACCAGACCACAUCUAAUACAGUAGACUCACUGGAAAGAGUGAAAACUCUAUAUUUCAUACCAUACAGUAUUUAUUAAUUUUCAAGUUAAGCAUAUCAGUUGAUGUUCAGGCACUCAUCACUGGAAAGCACUCAUGAGAGCUGUUGAUUGGAAGAGAAAGACGGUUAGUCCCCCCACUAGAAGAUAGCCGGGUGGUGAUGUUAAAAUCUUAGAAAAGAUAAUCCUGCUCCUCUCUGGGCAUGAGGGAGCAAAUUAAUGGGCUGUUUUAUCCUGUUGUUAGCUGUUGAAUGAGUCCCCUCUUUACUAAGUGACAUUGAGCAAGUCAUUUUCCUCCUGUCUUAUCUCUAAGCAGCAAUAUUACUUGUUGAAAGAAGUAAUAUAGGUAAAAUACAUAUGGCCUUAUUAAGAAGAUGUGAUAAAAUGUUAUUUUUAGAGCCAUUGGAGUACAGGCAGGCAACAAGGCCAAAAAACUAAGUGAAGUUAUUGGAAAAUUUUCUCUUCUUUUUCUUUUUGGAUCUUUCUUCCCCCUUCCUUUAAUUGAAUUUUUUUUUUUUUAAUGUAGGGUAAGUGACAUUGUUAAAUGACUCCAUCAAGAAAUUGGUUCUUACUUUGUCACCAUUACUUGUCCUCAUCUGCCUCUAAUGAUGUGCUAAUUUACCAAGUGUAGAUUAAAUAGAAGCCAAUCUAAGUAGAGUCCAAGUGAAAUGUGAUAGCAGAUACCAUCUUGUUUUUAUAACUAUAGCACUUCCUACAUGAUAAUCAUUUUUAAAUGAAAUCAAUGAAUUUUAGCUCUUUGUAUUUAUCUUAUGGCACUUAACACAUUCCAGGCUUGUAUUAUAGUUACCUGUUUGUCUCCUCUAUUAAAAGAUAGACUCAAGGGAAGGAAUGGUUACUCAUCUUCUCAUGGCAUGCAGCUCCUUCACACAGUGUCUUUUUGUAUGUAGUAAGGUGGUCAGUAAGUGUUGAGUUGAAUUUUCCUGUUGAUUGUUUUUACACAUUUUUCUGUCUGUAUCUUAACCAUCUCCUUUUCUGGAAAUUCUUACCCACUCUCUUAACUCUCACAAUACUCUGUUCCUAGUUCUUGUGGGACUUACCAUAACUUUCUGCUUGUUAUUAAAACGUGUCUAACCUUCCUUUCCAGAGGCUGUAUCUGAUUGCUCUUUGAAUCCUUCACAAUGCCUUGCAUGUGGGUGCCCAAUAGAUUUAUUGAUUAAAUUAAUGUUCGGUGUUUUUUUCUUGCUGUGAACCUUUUUAAAGAUUUCCCUUCAUUUAACCUUAAGGCAAAGGUGAAGAGGAAUAGAGGAGGACUGGUAAGGGGGAAGAGGAGGCUUGGUGUGUGGCACAUACCCAUAGACAUUUUAACCAUUAUUUGCAGACCUUUAUGUAUGUUCAGAUUAAUUGGCAUGCAUCCCAGAGUGCAAAGUAUUGAGGAGACUACAUUCCUUUCCUAUCUGCUGGUGUGCAUUUUCCAAGCAGUUGAUAGGUUCUAAGAAUUCUAUUACCUUAGAAAAGUGUGACUUAGAGAGGGCCUGGGCUUUUGUUUAGAGUUGAAACACCUAAGUUUGUAUCCCGUCUCUUAUCACUGGCUAGCUGUUUGAUGUUAAGAAAAUUAGCCUUUCCUGAGGUAUGGUUUCAUUUUCUGUGAAAUAAGACAAUUUAGGGAUUGUUCUGGGUUGUUGGGAGAAUUAUGAGAGACAUAUGGGAAAGGACCUUGCAGAAGCUUGUCUUUCAGCAAGUGCUUGCCAUUCUAACUUUCCCAAGUAUAGGGACGUGUUUUGUAAAGCAAAAACAAGACAGAUGGUGUGAAAAAGGUUUAAUUUUUUCCCCUGAGUUGUGGAUGUAUUUAUUUGUGAAGCUUUACAGGGGACUAAAUUCAGUAGCUUUCAGCCAUAUAUUUAAUGAGCCGUUUUUGGAGGAAAUGAUGAAAUCUUACAGAAUCAGUACUGUAUUGGAAAAUCCAGGACUUGCUGGUAGAAUUACUAAUAAUUACCAAUUUAUUUUAAUUAUACUUGUACUUUAACUGCAGACGGAACCCACCCAGCCCUGUUUUAAGUAUCCUCGUAGAAGGACUGGUCAUUAGUUGAUGUUAACAUUGAGCAUUGUGAUUUGUGUUUGAUUGGUUUAGGUUAGACUGAGAAAUGAUGGUUUUUGAAUUUUUAUUCUUGUUUUAACACAGCUGAUGAUUUUGAGCUUUACCAGAAUAAGCAGUGAGUAUUGAUACAAGAUUUCCUCCUGAGUUGUUUUGUUGUUCAUUGAAUUAGUUGACAAAGGGGGACCAAACCUGUUGGUCAAGAAUGUGCAUGUUACCUUCUGCUAAGUUUCUGCUGAUCACAAUUGCUUACCAGGAAGUUUGUCUUUGUAGGCAAAUGAGGCAGACCAGGAAGACCUGACAAUCCAGUAGGGUAUCUCUAAGCUGUAAUGUAUUAUUGUUUUAACAAAACUGAAAGAUUGCAGAGUUCUGUGAUGUCAGCAGGAAGCAUUUUUAGGAAAUUCCCUCUCAGGGUUACUCAACAAUGAAGACCUUAACAGAAUGGAAAACUGGAAAGUAGAAACAGUGGGGCAUGAACAUGAAAAAUGGAAAGAAAAAAAAUCUUUGCUUGUGAGAUGUGCAAAUAUAAGUGUAAUGAAUGCAGGGAGCUGUUCCCUAAUAGAAAGCCUCUGAUCCACAACAGAAAAAGAAAAAUCAAGUGAAGGUUCUUCUCUUAAAAAAAAGGAACCUGAGUAUUUAUUUAUUUAUUUAUCUAUUUAUUUAUUUGUAAAUUGAGAGCAUUUAGCUAGUCUUGGAACUGAUAAUAAAAUUUAUUUUGGUUCUGUGAAAUGACACUCCUGGUUGGGCAUCUCUUAAUCUUUGUAUCUCUAGUUUAAGGCCUGCCACCUAUUAGCUAUUCCAUAAAUGUUUAUUUGUAGGGAAGGGGGAAAGUUAGAUCCACUAGUACAGGGAAAGGGCCUGAGCAUUCAAGAGGUCCAGAAGUGGGUCCAUUAGUUUAAGUUGUGUUUUGCUAUAACUUGGUCUGCAUUUUGGUUAUAAGAGUAAGUUAUACUUUGAAAAGCAGAGUAUUGUUUUAGCAGUUAGCUGCUAGCCACAGCUCCCUAGCUAACUUUUAUCAAAUUUGGAUUUCCAAUUUAUUCUUAGUCUCCAGAAUAAUAUCGCUUAAUGGGAAAAUCUUGAGCCCUUGUUAUUUGCUUGGGAUUUUACUUAUGUGAUCUCUCUUAAGUUGUGGGUGUUAAAAUACUUCCAUCCAGUUGUUAUGAUAAGGCUAAUCAUAGGCUGGUAUUUUAGUCACUUCAGUUGCUUUACCUACAAUGUGAAAAAUCAGCAUCCUUAGUCAUCGCCUGUGUAUUGUUAACGAAUCUUGAAAUUUAAAAAUUACUUGGUUGGUUUCAGUUGUAUCUGAGAUUAUCAUGGACACAAUCUUUGUUGCUAAACACAAAGACUGCUUGAGUAUCAUUGUUGUGUGUUUUGUUUCAACGUUAAUAUUGUGGGUCUUAGAAUUACAUGACUCUUUGUCAAUGAAAUACUUUUUUUAAGGGGCCAGAUCUACAGAGUUAGCUCUUUAAGAAUGACUCAACUGUUCAGUUGUGUUUUAGUUCGGCUAGGCUGAAAUGGGUCUUCAUCUGUAUUUUUGUAGCUCUCCAUUCUGAUGUUAAUUAACUUAGGAGCUUUUAGUGUGAGGCUUAGUUCUCCUGCCCCAGGAAUCAUGCUAUUUCUGACCUGACUUUUGGAUUUGGGAGAUAGUAGUGAUCUUUGAAAAGGGCAUGGGCUCCUCUAUCACUUAGUAGAUGUGGGACUUUGGGCAAGCUUUUUUUUUUCCCUUUCAUUUCUCUUUUGAGAAUUAAUAGGGGAAGUGAAUGUAAAAGAUCUGGUUCAUUAGUACAUUAGUAGCUCUUCAAUAAAGGUAGGUAUUAUUAUAAUUACUGCAGGGGCACUUUGGCAGUAGUGUGUAAAUUGAGGAAGUAGCAAAUUAAUAUGUAAAUAAGUUCACAGUCUUGAUUGAAAAAAAUUUUUUAAUCUUUGCUGUCUCGUCUGUUGAAUGCUUUUUUUCUCUUCCUUAUCGCUUAAAAUUUGCAAAUUAUAAAAGUUGGUAUGGUAGAAAAUGUUGAUACAGUGUGGACUGGGCUUAUGUAUUUAAAGGUGUUAGCUAGUAAAUUGUUUUUUAGUGUUGUUAUUUUCCCUAGAUUACCCAGUGACUGGUUAUUGUGGGGGAUUAGUCUUUACCAAAUCUGAAGUUCACUCUUAAUUUCUAUCACGUGUUUCAAAAUGUCUGAUGUUUCAGCUCAGAGAAGAGGAUUUGGGUAAUGUAUAGAUUUGAAGUUUUAUAUGUAGCAAACCAAAAGAUUUCUUGUUAGGUACUUAAAUAAGUAUCUCUUUUGGUAGACUUUUGAGUCCUCCCAUAUUAAUUUUGGGUGACACACUAUUUUUGGAAUGGUGGAUGAACUGUCUUAGAAAAUGGAAAAGGAAGUUCACUGUAGCUGAAUAGCCUGGGACAAUUUAUUUGGAUGGUAGGGUAAGUUUUUAGCUGCUCUCCUUUGUAAAUUGCAUGUUAUUUAUCAUGAAUAAAUAUUAUAUAAGGGAUGUUUCAUUCUUUGCUAUGUAGAUUUUCCUAGUCUUCUCUCAACAUAGAGGUGAGGAAUAUAGACACAGACCUUUUAUGCCAAAUGUUUGACUUAGGGGUUGUAACUUCUUUUCUGUGCCUCAGAUCCACCACUCCUCAGACCCUUCUUUCCAUUUCUUGGUGGCUGUCCUUUGCCGCUGGUGCCAUGGUGGGUGUAUGGAUUGCUUUCUGUCUUUCAACAGUUGCCGAAGUGCAUGUUUGGGAUUUUGUUGAAGAAAGCUGGCUACAGUAAACGGAAAGAAUCUUGGAAGAUGCUUGACUGCUGUCUUUUCUCAGACUAGUCUGAAAGGGAAUACACCCAUUCAUUCUGGAUUGGUGGAUCUGAAGUACAAAAUAUUUUCCAGUGUUCUGUGCCAAGGUCUUUGUGGCUAGGCUGCGCCAACCUGGUAGAGAGCAUGUGCGCACUGAGUUGCCUGCAGAGCAUGCCCAGUGUCAGAUGUCUCCAGAACACUUCAGUUAUGGAGGAUCAAAAUGAAGAUGAGUCCCCAAAGAAAAAUACUCUUUGGCAGAUAAGUAAUGGAACAUCAUCUGUGAUCGUCUCCAGAAAGAGGCCAUCAGAAGGAAACUAUCAAAAAGAAAAAGACUUGUGUAUUAAAUAUUUUGACCAGUGGUCUGAAUCAGAUCAAGUGGAAUUUGUGGAACAUCUUAUUUCACGAAUGUGUCACUAUCAGCAUGGACAUAUUAACUCUUACCUGAAGCCCAUGUUGCAGCGGGACUUUAUUACCGCUUUACCAGAGCAAGGCUUAGAUCACAUAGCAGAAAACAUUCUUUCCUACCUGGAUGCCAGGUCUCUGUGUGCAGCAGAGCUGGUUUGUAAAGAAUGGCAACGAGUGAUCUCAGAAGGAAUGCUUUGGAAGAAGCUGAUUGAACGAAUGGUACGCACAGAUCCUCUAUGGAAGGGACUUUCAGAAAGAAGAGGGUGGGAUCAGUACCUGUUUAAAAACAGACCCACAGAUGGCCCUCCCAAUUCAUUUUAUAGGUCAUUAUACCCAAAGAUUAUCCAGGAUAUAGAGACUAUAGAAUCUAACUGGCGGUGUGGACGACACAACUUACAGAGGAUUCAGUGCCGCUCUGAAAAUAGUAAAGGUGUCUACUGUUUACAGUAUGAUGAUGAAAAAAUUAUCAGUGGCCUACGAGAUAAUUCUAUUAAGAUUUGGGAUAAAACCAGCUUGGAAUGUUUGAAAGUGUUAACGGGACACACAGGCUCUGUCCUUUGUCUCCAGUAUGACGAACGUGUCAUUGUAACCGGCUCUUCAGACUCUACAGUGAGAGUCUGGGAUGUGAACACAGGCGAAGUUCUGAAUACACUGAUCCACCACAAUGAGGCUGUAUUGCACUUACGCUUCAGCAAUGGACUCAUGGUGACCUGUUCCAAGGACCGCUCCAUCGCCGUGUGGGACAUGGCUUCUGCCACCGAUAUCACUUUACGCCGUGUCCUGGUUGGCCACCGUGCUGCUGUCAAUGUGGUAGACUUUGACGAUAAGUACAUCGUGUCUGCCUCUGGUGACAGAACCAUCAAAGUGUGGAGCACGAGUACCUGUGAAUUUGUUCGUACUCUGAAUGGGCACAAGCGAGGCAUUGCCUGUCUGCAGUACAGGGAUCGGCUCGUUGUUAGUGGAUCAUCAGAUAAUACCAUUAGGCUAUGGGAUAUCGAAUGUGGUGCCUGUUUAAGAGUCUUAGAGGGACAUGAAGAAUUGGUCCGCUGCAUCCGGUUUGAUAACAAGAGGAUUGUCAGUGGGGCCUAUGAUGGGAAGAUUAAAGUUUGGGACUUGCAAGCCGCUCUUGACCCCCGCGCACCAGCAAGCACUUUGUGUUUGCGCACAUUGGUGGAGCAUUCUGGUCGUGUGUUUCGGCUUCAGUUUGAUGAGUUUCAAAUCAUCAGCAGCUCCCAUGAUGACACUAUUUUGAUUUGGGAUUUCUUAAAUGUGCCUCCCAGUGCCCAGAAUGAGACGCGCUCUCCCUCCAGAACAUACACUUACAUCUCCAGAUAACAGUCUGCACUUUUACCCACUUCAGGGUUUCCUAGUCUUGAACUACUGGCUACAUGGCUACCAAAUGCCUAAGGGAGUUCAUUCACAGCUGAGUUAAGAAGCUGGAAUUGGUUCUAGAUGCUGGGUAGAUGCAAAGCAGCCUAACUCUUCAGCACCGACAUUUCUCACCUCUGAUUCCCGGCCUCUACUUUGAGAAGGAUACCUUAGCUUCACUGACUUCAAGUAGAACAGAAGCCCACUUUCCUCCCCCAUCAGUGAAAAAAAAUCUAAUGCUUCAAAUGUAAAUUGUUCAUAUAAAAGGAACGUACAGUCUUGUUUUACGGAAGUAAAUCAACUGUCAAGAGAAGACUUGGCCUCUAAUUUAUAUUGCUUUGCACUUUGGUCUGAUAUUAAGGAACAGCAUUCUUCUUCAGUGAAAUUUUGGGUGCCAAUCACCUACCCAGAAUGUCCAGGGCUUUCCUUUUCAGCAAUCGGCGUUCUCCUUUUGACCGUCCAAGUCAUUAUGAAUUCUGACUUGUGUUAGGAGCAUGUUGGACAACAGAAAAAUCUCUCUGGAUUGUUUUAGAAAUAUUUUUUGGAGUAUACUUCCUUUCUGUACCAAUUUCUUUUAAUUUAAAGAACGAUAAAUCAGGUUAUAUUAUCUCCCAUCAGGUAAUAUAGCUCUUUUAUUAACUGUUCUCUGUACCCCAACCAUCUCCUGAUACUUGGUAGAAUAACACCUUUACAUGUGUGCUUGCCGCCUAAUUUAAGAUACUGUAUCCACAUGUAGAUAAAAUGUACAUAACAGUUCAACCUCCAGGUUGCCAGGUCAGGCCUGUGCCUGAGACACUAAUAGGGAGUGUGUUCGUACUUGGCCUUGGGCUGGGCUCAGUGACCUGAUGCCGGGGCUGAUAUGGAUCACCUAGGACCCUUCCUGCAGUAUUCAUAUGGUGUUUUUAUUUUGUUGUUGUCAUGUGUGUGUGUGUGUGUGUGUACACGUGUUUUUAACGAGAAUCUUAUUUUUAAAUGCAAUUUCUGAAAUUUAACACAAAAUGUUUUAUUUGUUGUGCAGUAUAUAAAUAGAGAGGUACCUUAAAACUUUUUGUUGUUCUCUUCCUCAGAAGUACUCCCGAGUACCAGUGGUCACUUCCCAUAGUAUUCAUUUGGCCUUACUGUCAAAAAUUGUAUUCCACGCAUUAGUAACCCUGGGAGGGGAAGAACAGGCCCUGUUGACUGGGUUUUCCUACCCCUAGAACCCACAGGCUGAGGCUCCAUAGAUAAGCAGAGCCUCCCUGAGUGUCCACGCCUGUCUUCUAGGUCAGUCUGUUGAGAGGCUGACAUGAGGGGCAGGGUACUUCAAAGUGCGACAAAGCCUCAGGCUUGCGGGUCCCAGCCAGCUCAUCGCUGGUGUCCCCUGCUGCUGUGGCUGAUGGGUGCUCAGAGCUCCCGAGUGCACCACAGCUCCAGGGUGCGAACAGCCCGGCAUCCUGAAUGGGCACUGUGAGGACACUGACAUCCAGUCUGCACUCCUUUCUCCUUGUUUGAUACUAGGUUUUGAUUUGUUCCUUGCCAUUGUUUCCAAAGAUCAAGGAAUAUCAAUAACAUGUUAAAGGACCAAUGAACAACCUCCUACUUAUGAACCUCUACCCGGGGAAACACGCUUGCAGUCCUACAGGGAAGGUCACUGGGCUCAGUUUUGUCCUUUGCGUUGAGAACGGUGUGGGGAUCAAUGUGUGUGUAUGUGAUUUGUUUAUUGAGGUUAGUUUUGCUUUUUAGGUUUUUUUUUCCUUUUUUUUUUUAAUACAUCCUUUCCUCCUUUAUGUCACUCAAUUCAUUUCUGUUGUUGAGAGGUUGAAUCUCAAAGUGUAAAAAUUAAACCUCCAUUGUAAAGUGGAUGUUGUAUGCUUGACCAUGGUUGAGAAAGUGAUUUUUAACUUUUGCCACUCUUCAUCUUACAGCUUUAAUAGCAAACUGGUUAGGAAAGCCCAGGCAGGGGAAGGGGGGAGUGGGGAGGGGCGGAGGCAGUUCUGAAAGAAUGGAUUUCUUUUUGUUGUUUUUGCAUGUUUAAUAUAGAAGUUCCUUUUUUUUCCUUGGGAGAUCAUGGCCUUUGAAUAUGCACACAACCUUUGAAUUGUGCCUAGUAAAUUAUAGCAGGGGACUUUGGCACCCAAGGAAAUCUGACUUUCUGGGAUUAUAGUAGUAAUUCCCAGCCGUACUCUGGACUUUAUUUUGCUACCAUAAUUGAGCAACUGUAAAUUACUGCUAUAUUAACGUUUUAAAGCACUGGGAUAGUCUAAUUCUAACUUGUAAUUAAUUAUGUUUGCCAAUUAUCUGUUUGAAAUAAAUUUGUGUCUGAACAGCUAUUGAAACUGUUAAAUUGUACAGAUAUUAUUCAUAACAGCUUUGUACCGUGGAAUGUGCUUAAUAAAAAACAAAAAGUUUGACCUUUGUCCAAUAAAUUGCUAAGUAAUGUCAAUAAAUCAAGUAUGAGUAUUAUGCAGUACACCUAAUCUGGCUUUAUGCAAUUGUUACUUCAGCUACUAAUUCAAAACCAAUACUCUUAAUAAAAGUGUUGCAAUACUCUGA